CAUGUUCUUACUUUUCUCUGUUUACGUCCUAGUCCUGUUCAACACAUAUAUCCUUAAUCUUUGUCGUGGCUCAAUGUUAUUACCUUAUUAAACCUAAAAUGUCUAAACUACAUUCGUUGAAUGCGUUUCUUACUGCCCGAUUAACUGCGGCGGCUGUGGAUAUAUUCGGGGCAGUGGAGAAGACUAUAACAGCGUACCAGGAAGAAGUCUCCAGAUCAAAAGUGGAGAACGACCAUCUACGGAGGCUGUUGCUAGAUUUCGGUUUCAAACCUGAUAGAGAAUCACAAAUACCAGACCCCCAGCAGCUCACUGUCUCUGUCUCUGGAGAGGAGCUUCCCUCUAAGCAGGAGUGGAGUGAUCAAGAGGACACAGAGACCAUAUUCAUUCCCCCCUGUGUGGAAAGUGCCAGUGAUCAGGACUCACCCCAGAGCUCAUACCUUUACCAAAUUGGGAAGAACAGCAAGAGGGACUCUCUUCCCACCAACUCAACAGAACUGAUCAAAACCAAUCAUGAUGGAGAGGACUACGGGGCAUCAGAAUCCACCAGUAACUCUCAGACCAUGUCAAAGUCAAAACAUACACAGGCAAAGAAAGGACAAAGUCCUCUUGACACUGGGAUAACCAGUGAGCUGAGAGCACCAAUGGUGGCUCACACAGGUGAUAGACCAUACAAGUGCCCUGUGUGCAGGAGAAGGUUUACUAAUAACAACCAUUUAAAAACACAUCAGAGAAUUCACACAGGGGAGAGGCCACAUUGGUGCAAAGAAUGUGGUAAGUGCUUCAGCCGCAAGGGGGAUCUGGGCACACACAUGAGGACUCACACAGGAGAGAAACCAUACCAGUGCAGCGUUUGUGGCAAAAGCUUCAGGCGAAACCGACUGAAUGAGCAUAUGAGGGUACACACAGGGGAAAGACCCUAUCGGUGUGCCGACUGUGAGAAGGGCUUUAUUUCAGUAAGUGACCUAAAACGCCACCAGCGCAUUCACACGGGAGAAAAGCCUUUUAGGUGUGACAGUUGCGGAAAAUGCUUCAGUCAGAUGACAACCUUGAAGAAACAUAUGAGGACUGUUCAUAAGAAGGUUCAAUUACAGAGCAGUGAGGAAAGCCCAGAUCCCUGCUAGCAUUAGGGACUCCUGUUCAUUUAUGUGAUAAUGACAAACAGCACAGGACAUAUCUUAUGUUAACCUUGGUACCAUCUGCAUGUGCCUUAGACAA